CGAGUACUUACAGAUCUCCUUGAAUGCUCUGAGACACAUAAUAGCAUGCCAAUAAUUUUCGAUGGACAACUUACUGCAGAAAGAUAUCUACAGUUACUAAAUAAUGAAAUAAAUGGUUUCAUUGAAGAUUUGCUACUGGCUAACCAAGUUGAUAACUAUUUUCAAAAAGUUGGGUCUCCACCUCACAAUUCUCAUGUGGCAAGAGAACAUCUGAAUGAGACCUUCCCAGAAAAGUGUAUUGGCACUAAUGCACCUGUUCAAUAGCCUCUGAGAUCACCCGAUCUUCCUCCACUAGAUUUUUUCUUUGUGGGACAAUUAAAAAUCAGUUCUAUAAAACUAUGUCAGCUACUUACGAAGAACUGGAGCAUAAAGUAAUGGCGUCAUUCCAAAUCAUCACUGCGGAACAGUUCAUCAACAUGGUGCAAGUAACAAUUGAUAAAGUUGAACUUUGCCAUGAUCAAGGAGGAGGCCGUUUUCAACACUUAGAACCUUAAUCGCACAUUCUUGAAGUUUAUUUUUUGUUAUAAUAAUGAUAGGAUAUGUAUUUAGUUCAUUUGUAUAGUUUACUCCAACAUAGGUCA